AUGGAAGGCGAAAAUGCACCUUACAAGAAUAGAAGAACACAAUCUGGAAAAGACAAAAAUCAUUCAAUGUUUUUAAAUCGACAAUCUCAUGUAAUUUUUAUCGGGGGAUUAAAACCCUUUUGUCUUGAAAAGCAAAUCAAAAAUAGCUUAAAAACAUUUCUUGGAGAAAAAAAAAUAGAAAAUUUAAACGAACUAACUCAUUUGAAAAUAAUAAAUUUAUGUUUCAAUGAUAAUUUAGAAAUUGUUGAUAAUUUGGAUAUUUUGAUUAAUUUUAAAAACUUGCACAUCAUAUUAGAUCUUAACAAAAGAAUGAUAAACAGAAGUUCAGCUCCAUUUAAUAGCUUGAAAAAUUUGAACCAGUUAAAUACAAAUAACAAUUUAAUUGACAAAAUUGAGAAUAUUGAAAAUUUUGAGAAAGGCAAUAUCAAAAAAAUCAAAACUUUUGAUAAGUCAGUCAAUCUAGAAAACCUUCAGUUAAAUAAUAAUAAAAUCACGAAAACUCAGAAUCUAGAUCAGUUGAUCAAUUCAAACACAAUUUCGUUCCACAACAAUAAUAUUAGAAAAAUUGAAAAUGUUAAUUAUUUAACAGAUCUCCAAGGGUUAUUUAUUGCACAAAACCAAAUGACAAGGCUUCAGAAUUUGAAUAGUGAGAGUCUGGAGGGAUUUGAAAAGCUAAAUCAACUAAAUCACAAUCGCAAUACAAUUUCUAAAAUAGAAAGACGUAAUGCAUUGACUAAUUCAACACUUUUAGGCUUUCUUAGUAACACAAUCAAAGAAAUUACGAACUUGGAUAGAUUACAAAACUUAGGAAUCUUUUUUUUAAAUGAUAAUCAAAUUGAAAAUGUCAACAAUAUUUUUAUUUCAAAAGGGGUGGGCGUGCAUUUAUCUGGAAAUGAAAUUAUUCUGGCUGGUCAAAAGUUUCAGAAUGAGUUGAGGAGGUUUGAUGAAAGAUUUAUUAAAGAGAUUUGGAUAGACAAGGCAAGUGCAAAUGCUUCAUUUUCGGCUGAACUUAAAUUGAUUAUUAAAAAUUUCCAGCACAUUUUCAUCCUUUGGCAAAGUAAAUGGUGAUACCACUAAUAAAUAGCUGGGUCUAGAAAGAAAGAACGAUACUUUUCUUUGAUCUUUUUCUUUAUCUCAAAACUGGACCCACCGAAGUGGUAACAGAAAUCUCAUGCAUGCUGGGCCUAACUAUGCACAGUUAGCAUAAUCACUGCAUAGAUCUCAGUUACCCU